AUGGCUCUCGGCUUGCAGACCGCUUCCUCGCUCCUUGUGGUUUUUUUCCUCGUUCUCGCCGCGGACAUCAUGGGACUUUUCAGCAGGAAGAACCACUUCCAGGUCGAUGGCAGGACUGUUGUGAUCACUGGCGGCUCACAAGGAAUGGGCAGAGGCCUCGGAAAGCUGCUUGCACAAAAAGGUGCUAAUGUGGUCAUCGUCGCACGCAACGCGAAGAGGCUGGAAGAAGCUCUCGAGUACAUUUCGGCCGCCAAAGUCAAACCGUCCCAACGUUUUCACUAUAUCAGCGCCGAUGUAACGAAGCCCGAAGAGAACGACCGAGUCCUCGCGGAGGUGACGACAUGGAACAAUAAUCAAGCCCCGGAUAUUGUAUGGGCGAAUGCGGGUAUGUCCAUCCCGAGGCUACUGUUGGACGCACCCGUGGAAGAGCUGCGGCAACAGAUGGACAUCAACUAUUUCGCCGCUGUAUUCCUGGCUCAAUCGACCUUGAAAGCAUGGACGAAGCAAGCUGCUCCCGCCGACACUAAGACCCCGCUUCCUCGUCACUUCAUCAUAACUUCUUCAAGCGCUGCGUUCGUCGGUGUUGCGGGCUACGCUCCGUACAGCCCUGCCAAAGCUGCUCUUCGCAAUCUUGCCGACUCGCUGCGCCAGGAAGUACAGCUAUACAACGGUGGUCGGCUCCACAGUUCUGGCUCUCCCACCCCGGAGAUCAAGAUUCACUGCGUCUGUCCAGGAACAAUCACCACCCCGGGUCACACGUUUGAGCAAACUGUGAAGCAUCCGGUGACCAUGAUCCUUGAAGAAGGCGACCCGGCGCAAACCGAGGAUGAGGUCGCGACUGUCGCCGUCAAGGAGCUUGAGAAGGGCUAUUACCUCAUCGCUACCAAUUUGUUGGCCAAGGCUAUGAGAGCAGGUAGUCUGACUGGAAGCCCGAGAAACAACUGGUUCGUCGACACUUUGUUCAGCUGGGCGACGAGCAUCGCGUGGCUGUUUAUCCAGCCCGACUUGGAGGGAAAAGUGUGGAAGUAUGGCAAGCAGCAUGGCGCACCUAGCCAUGACAAAGCUGCUUCUACUCAGUGA